UAUAUCAAAAAAGAUAACUUCUAUAUUAAUUUAAUAUUCAUUGGAUUAUCUGCACUUGGAUGUAAAAAAAAAAUAUAAAGAGCAGUUACUGUGAAUGACUGCGUCACGGUGGCUCCUCAGAGGCAGGAACUGACAGCGUGGCUGAUCUCAAAGUGGGCCAGAAAAUGGCUUUAACCUUCAAGUGUGACCUGGUUAUGAUUCCAGCUGUGAUAUUCUUUCUGGCCAUGCUGACCUCUGUGGAGGUCGUGGUGACAUCCAAUGACAUGUCGUACUAUGACCCAUCGCCUCUGACGGCUCAUGACGCCUCGGCCGGCAUUGACCAAAGCGCCACCCUCCGGUGUCAGCUAAGGACAGGGGCACACAACCGAGGCUGGUACGUCAUCACGUGGCAGAGAAUCAACGCGGAUGGGAACAGGACGUCACUGGUCAAUCUACCCUUCAGGCAAAAGAUUCCAGAAUGGAGUAAAGACAUUCCACCCAGUUUGCAGUCUAGAAUCCAGCCAGUCAUAACGGUUCAGCCCAAUCACGUGGAGUUCAACUUACAUAUAAGAAAUGUGUCAUGCGCAGACGAAGGACAAUUCAGGUGUAUUGCGAUUACCCCUCAAGGGGAGAUCAUCUCCACUGCAGAGUUAAACGUCGUGGCGGAACCUACCAAGCCCGACAUUAUCAACACGUAUAUUCCGAAGAUGGAGCAUGGGAUGAUAACUCUGGAAUGCAAAGCCAAUACUGGAUUACCUCCCCGAAUGCUACUGUGGUAUUACAAAGAACAGGAAGCCGAUUAUUUCUCGAUCUUAAAUGAUCAAAAUGACAUCGUUGAAGAAACCGACGGGUGCCUCGUCCUCAGCACGAGAACUGUUGACGUCAUCAUAAGCGCGCAGUCACGUGGUACGCGCUUCCGGUGCGGGUACCGGGGAUACAUCCAGAAGCCGGGGCUCUAUGACGAGAUCGUCUAUAGCCACGAGGAAACAGCCCCACAAAUGGGAGAGGUCAGAGUUGAACCUAAGCUGGCGUCACCAUGUGAGGGUCCAAUGUGUCAAAACGAUGGAAACAGUUCACAAGAUAAUCAAAAGCCAAAUGGUGGCGCGACGUCAUCAAUGACGUGCACAAAUCAAGCCUUAUACCUCCUCGUCACUUCAUUCUACGUCACGCACUUUUUCAUUGGACUAUUUGGGUCAUGUGACCACUGAAUGCGAGGCUGGACAUCAACGCAUUGUUGAGAAUACAAGUUCGCACGCUCCCUCAGCAUCAUGUCGUCUGCUGGUUCAUCGAAGUCAUAGACAAUGUGAAGGUCGCUGCAAUCAUACUGGCAGAAGUAACACGUUUUUCAAAUGUUUGUUAAUCUGUUUACAAAAAUGGUUUCAAUGUUUUGAAUAUUUAGAGAAUGUUUAUUUGUCUAUUGCUUUCGUGUAGCGCAUCUUACAUGUCCAGUGCGCUACGGUCCAUCCUAUGUUAUGGACAUCUUGCGGGAGGGGGUAUCUGUGAGAAGGUUUAGGCGUUCAGCAAACACAACUUAGCUCCAGUCGAUAUUCAAACUCGGGCCCCCUUGAUAGAUAGCCUGGUCAUUCACGAACCCCAGAUCUCUAAAACUUGUUACGAAUUAUUUUACCUAAAAAAUACAUUUUAGUGCAUGUGAAAAAGUCAAUAAAAUACAAUGUGUCCUUUAGUUAUCCGUUUAGCAACAAAAUGAAUUCAAAUUUGCUGAAAAAUUCCCUUUUUUAACAACGCAUGAUAGCUUAUCUCUUAAAAUAUAGAGGUGUUUAAAGUAAUGAAGGCAUCCAGAAACUGUGUCUGGAAAUACGUUUGAUGUCUAGACAUCGCGAGAGAACAUCACUUUUGUCUCCCCUUGUAAGGGAGCUAAUUGUGUAUAAUUUGAAUUGUACUGUAAGAAAAAAAAAGAGUAAGGGACUGUACUCUACAGAAGUAAUCUAAUAGUUUCUCGUAUUGAGUAGAUUCACCUUAAAAGUAAAUGCGAGUAAUCUGCUCUUUGUUUUACGCUUUGAUUUAUCAAGAUCCGGUUUGCGUUCUUUAGGCAAUAAAAUCCAUUUAGAGAAAAAGAAGGGAAAUCAAUAUGAAGAAAUGUGGACGGAAUAUAAUGGAACUCGGAGAGCAACAUAAUAAACUGAAAAAGAGGAAGAGUGGGAGAAAUAAAGAGACGAAAUCAUGUCAAGGACGCCAAAGUGAAAGAUCAGUGUCGUCGGCUGAACAAUUCAAAUUACUUUGUACUACAAGGAAAAUAACUCUGAAAUUUGAUUCUAAAGAGGUGAAAACAGAAACUUUUAAUGGUUGAUUUAAACUUUAAACUAUUCACAUAUUAGUACUUCCGUAUCUUGUAUACUGAGUACACCAAAAGGCUGACUAUUUAUGAAUGGCAGAUGCGAAGCUAGGAAUUUUCCA